ACCAUGGUAAAUAUCAAAGCACUGUGGUAUUAUCAUGUUUUAUUGGGUAUUUGGACAUCUACAUUUUUAGCAUGGGUGAAGAUAAGGUAAUUCCCAGAUUGAGGUCAGUGGACUUGACAAAUUGAGCAAAGUCUUUUCAUGUCCGUUUCCCAUUUUUGUUUCCCAUCACUUUGCUUUUAUUCUCCUCUUUUUGAUCUAUGCACUUGCCUUUCAGCUGCCUGCUAAUUAAUCAGGGUCUUGGGUCUUACGUAAGAGUCGUGAUGGUUCAAACACAGCUGUUCCGGAUUGAACUUCAGCAGGAGCAUCUUGGGAGAACCGCAGUGCUUUGCCUAAGCAUGCUGCUGUGUAGUUGAUGGAUGUUUACACCCUGCCUUAAAGGGACAGUUCACCUGAAAAAAAAAAAAUUCUGUCAUCAUAUAGUCUCCUCAAUUUGUUCCAUAUUCAUAGGACUUUCUAUUUUCCAUGGAAGACUUUAAUUUGGGGGUAUUUGUUUGUUUCCAUUCACUAAAAAUUAUGAAUUUGUUUGUAUGUUUUUGUGAUUUUGAUUCACAAAAACUGCUAAUGGGUGUAAUUUUUCAUUUUGAUUCACAAAAGAAAGAAAGAAAGAAAAAAUGGCUUGUAAGAAUCGUUCAUUUCUGAAUCAGACAACAAUGGUUGCACUUUUGAUAAACAAAAAAAACCCGAAGGUAUUGUUAGCUAACUAUGGUCUCAAGUUCCAUUGAACUCCAUUGGUAAGGAAAGAACUUAAGACCAUAGUUGCCUUUGGGAAAUGCACCUCUGGUCUUGCUCUAAAGGCCUGUGUUGUGCCCAAUUCUGACCCUCCACCAGAUUAUGCAGCCCCUACACUGUAAAAAAAAAUUUUUUUGAAAAAUUUUGGAAACUGACAAUUAAAUAUUGACUCAACAAAUUGCUUUCAAAUAAUUAUCCCCAAACAAAAAGAUGCAUUGGGGUAAUUUUAGCUUAUGGUCUAAAGGUAAAAUUAAAAAAGUAGAUUCACUCAACAUAUUAAAUUGUGUUCAGCCAAUUCAUCAAUUAAAAGUGAAAUAUCUGUGUUAGCUGAACAAGCCUUGCGGAGAAAAAAAAGCAUGCGCAUGCCAGACAGGCGCAUGCACCUGAGAGAAACCGUUGGUAUAGUGGAUUCAAAUGUAUCUGCGCGGGAGAGUGAGGAGACUGAGGAAUCGAUGCUGAAGUACGACGAAAGAAGUUCAGACAUCAUUUUCAAACAGAUUUUUCUUCAUUUAAGUUAUGCCAAACAUCGUAGGUCUGACUCAACUGAACGACUAACUUUACGACUUUCACAGUGAGUAUUUAAAAGUUUUUAUUGCAUAUUUGUUCAUACCAUAUUCGUGUCAAAUACCCUUAGUUCUUAUGAUAGUUUUUAUUGCAUAUUUGUUCAUACCAUAUUCGUGUCAAAUACACUUAGCUCUUAUGAUAUUUAAAUUGUGUUAAAUUGCUUUAUUGAGAGCCGCCAUGAGAUGCUUCUAAAAUUUGUGACACUGUAAUUCAGGCUGCAUAAUUUACAAAGUGGUUGGCCAUUUUGUGUUACACCCGUUUGUCACAUACUCCGUCUGCAGUGCUUAUGUGCGUGUUGCAGUACAUGUAUGGCAAGCUAUAAGGCUCAGAAUUAUGUAAUGUUAAUUAAAUAACUAUUUAUUAAUAGCAAUCUGUUAAUUAAUAAUUAAUUACUGUUGGGUUUCUCACACAAAUGAUCAUUUCGUGUCCGUCAGACAUCAAUGUGUCAGUGAAAUUAUUUAUAUCACAUUUUACCUCAAAUCAGCCGUCCCCACACCAUCACUUCUUGUAAGUGAAGUCAAAUUACACGAUAUGGCAUAGAGAUAUGAACGAAAGAUCACUUCUGCCUCUUGCAUCCCACUGAGAUACGCCAUUGUGUACAUUACUUUGGAACAGAGUAGAGUUAUAAAUUAUAUUCAAAUUAAAUGCAUAUGUGGUGAAAUUACUAGAUUUACUAGAAAUCAGAUACAUUUUAGAUUUUAAACUCACAACAAGCUUGACAAAAACAGCCGAUUCUCAUCUUUUCUUUUGUUUUAAAAUCUUGCAGGUCAUAAAAAAAUUAGUUUUUCCACCUCCAAGAAAGGAUGAGUGCUAACCAUUAUGUCACUUUUUUUUUUUACAAAAAUGCCAGGUACAGUGUUGUUUUCCUUGCUUUAUCCAAUAUUGACUUUUGAAUCAGAGUAGACUUUAAAUUAUGUGCAUCUGUGGUGAAAUUACUAGAUUUUCACGUCAAUGCAUGUUUAUUUUAAUGUAAACAAUGUGCUGUCACUUUAAUUCAGUGGGUCCAGCACAGCAAAAAAUAUACUCAAUGCAGAAACACCGCACUGCUGCAGACCUGGAACCUGGAACACACUGCCGGACCCGCAUCCGCUUGCAGUGUGAAAGCUCUAACCGGUUAACAUACGCACUGCAAAUGGAGUAUGUGUGAAACGGGCAUUAGUCUGGGAACCAGUUUUGCCAAACCCCUCCAUCAGAAAAUCUCUACAAACUUGAACAAAUUUUAUUUUAUAUAAUUUUACAUCUAAUUAAUUUUUUCUAAAGAUUUCCAAAAGUAAUUGAUCAAUAUUACUCUGGGUCUUUUGCCCUUUCAGCAGUGUGGACUUGACUAUCACCAGCAUGCUGGUCACACCGUCCACAGUUUGCUAUAUUUUACAUUAGUUGCUGCCUGACAACUUUUCCCCAUUUAGCUCUAUCUUUAGAAAGGCUUUUUAUGCAAAAGUAUCAUUUUUCAGCUUUGUCAUUUAUUUAUUUUGCAGUUUAGAAGAAGUCCAUGCAGUGCCGCUUCUGCAAGUUUUCAUCACCUCACCAAGACCUAAUUUUCAAGCACUACAGAACUUGCCAUUGGUCAGUUAAUGCAACUUCCUUUCCAUGUUUACACCUAGAAUGUGUUUGCAUUUUCAAGACAAUUGGAGCUUUAAAAACACAUUUGUGGAGGGUACAUCCAAAGACUGGCAACAAGGGGAAUACCACAUUUUCUUGUGACAACUGUGAUUUUAGGGACAUCUGCUCUCAAUCAACAUUUCUUCACCAUUUAAGAGGACAUCUUAAAAACCACGAGAGGGUUCAUUGUCCAUUUUUAAAUUGUAAUUUUAUUAGCAACAGUUACCGUACAUUCACAGCUCAUAACAACAGGAAGCACAAAUCCCAUGGAUUAAAUGACUUCCGGAUAUCAGUUUGUCCUGAGAACAGGUGCAAUGAUGCGAGUCCAUCUUCUUCCUUAGGAUGUGCACCAAAUUUAGAUGAAGAAGUACAAGUGCAUUUAGACGAAGAAGUACAAGUGCAUACUACUGAUACUCCUGAUGAUAACCCUGCAGAAACUAAGCAAGCACUUGAACACAAACUUGCAGCCUUGUUUUUGUGUAUGCAAACACAACUACAUGUGUCCAAAAGGGCCUCUCAGCAUAUCAGCAAUGCUGUAACUGAUAUUCUAACUAUCUCCAAAUCAAAUACUUUGGCUGCAAUCAAAGACAUUCUGCAGUCCCAUAAUUGUGAUGUUGAUCAGUCAGUUUUUACUGAUAUUGCACAUGUUUUACAUGAAACUGACCCAUUUUUGACUGCUUGCUCUCACAACGGUAUUCUUUCAACUGAACAUAAACGAAACAGCUACUUUAAACAAAAAUUCCAAGUAACUGAACCAAUUGAAUAUGUGUUCAGCAGGGCAGACAAACAAACAUUUUUUUAUGUUCCCCUUCUGAAAGUCCUGCAGACAUUGCUUGAUCAACCGGAGGUAUUUGAAAAGACAUUUACCACCAAUGAAAGUGCCCACGGUUUUUACCAGUGUUGUUUUGAUGGAAAAUAUUUCAAAGAAAAUCGCCUUUUCAGUAGCCAGGAUUUUUCACUUGUACUUGGGUUGUACAUUGACGACUUUGAAGUUGUCAACCCCUUGGGCACAGCCCGCAAAAAAUAUAAACUAACUGCAGUUUAUUGGGUCAUCUUGAACUGGCCAUCCCAGAAUCAAUCAAGUCUCAAUUCAAUUCAGUUGGCACUGCUUGGGAAAAGUUCAGAAGUGAAUGCAAAUGGAUAUGAAGCCUUUUUUGACCCUUUGAUAAAAGAUUUAAAGUGUCUUGAGCAGGAUGGCGUCUUUGUUCAAAAGCUUGGAAAGAACGUUAGGGGAACAGUGUUCACUGUUUCUGCAGAUAAUCUUGGAGCACAUGGACUUGCAGGGUUUCAAGAGAGUUUCAGGGUGGAGAAGUUCUGUCGAUUUUGUUUGGCAUCUUUAAACAACAUUCAAAACACAGAGGUGAGAGAAGGUAUUUUUCAGCUAAGAAGUCCAGAACAACAUGAUUGCUGCAUAACAGAGUUGAACAGCAGUGAGACUUUAUCAUCUGUGGAUGGUGUCAAAUCUGAAUGUGUUCUCCAGAAACAUCUUAAGUUCUUCCACACCAUUACUGGCUUCCCUCCGGAUCUAAUGCACGACCUUUUUGAGGGAAUAGUGCCUUUUGAGAUAAGUUUAUGUCUGAAGAAAUGGAUUGAUUCUAAAUAUUUUACUCUUGAAGAGCUAAACAACAAAAUCCAUUCAUUUCAAUACUGCUUUUCUGACCAGGUCAACAGACCUCAAAAAAUUGCAAAGACUUUUUCUUCAAAGAAAACAAUUGGAGGAAACGCUCACGAAAACUGGACCUUACUAAGACUGAUAUCUCUGAUGAUUGGUGAUUUGGUGCCUGAGAGUGACAAGACAUGGCAUCUCAUCAUGGAUUUGAAAGAUAUUGUCGAGCUUGUGGUAAGCCAAAAACUAACAGUGGAGGCUGUCUGGUAUCUGGAAAGCAAGAUUUCCUGCCAUCGUGAGUUGUUUAAAGAGGUCUUUCCUGAUGCAUACUUGCGUCCAAAACAUCACUUUCUUGAACACUAUCCUCACCUGAUCUGUUGCUUUGGUCCUCUAGUGGAUCUGUGGACAAUGCGCUUUGAGGCAAAGCACAGUUUUUUCAAGAAGGUUGUUCAUGAAACACAGAAUUUCAGAAACCUUCUCAAGACGUUAUCCAACAAGCAUCAACUCAUGAUGGCAUGCGCAAUUGACUCACAUAGCUUUUUUAAAGCACCUCUACAUGUUGAAAAUGUUAAGGUACUUAAAAUAUCCUCUCUUGAUGCAAGGCUGAGAUUGGCAGUUGAAAACAAGUAUGCAAACCAAACUUCCUUUUCUUUAACCACAAAGGCAACUGUACAUGGAACCCAGUACAGUCGAGGAAUGAUUCUGUGUAUUGGAAAUGAAAAUGGAUUUCCAGAGUUUGGUCAGAUUGAUCAUAUCCUAAUUUGUGGCACAGAGGUUGCAUUCAUUGUGCACAGAUUUACCUCAUGGUACAUUGAACAUUUCCGGGCAUAUGAGAUAAAUCAAAGUACGCACUGUGAUGUUGCAAUUGUGACUCCACAAGAGCUUGUUGAUUUUUAUCCUCUGGCUGCUUACAAUGUUGGCGGAAGACGCAUGGUUGUACCAAAGAGAUUUUUACUUGGUUGAUUACUUGGUUGUUCUUAACUUACCAAUUUUGCUCAUACUGUCCCCUGUCCUCCAGGUUGCAAUGUUGCUGCGAGUCAUUCUUUCACCUGACAACGUUAGAAAAAUAUCUGUGCCUACCCCAUCCUCAGUAGAAGGACUUUGCACGUGUCUGUGUGAAAAAUUGCAAAUAGAGAAAGGCUUUACCAUUCAGUAUGAAGAUCCAGAUUUCAAUAAUCUACUUUGUAAUCUGCAUGACAUCUCCGAGCUUCCACCAGAAAAAGCUACUUUGAGACUUCAUUGGGAAUUGUUUUUAACCCCAAUUUCAGUGCAUUCUGAAU